CUUUGCGAACUUUGGUAAAGGGGAAUCUCUCUUUUUUUCUUUUUUUUUUAACGAAUAAAGUUGCCAAAAUGAACUUGUCGCACUUGGUGGCUUGUGGACUUAUGAUCAGUCUGCUCUCAGUAAGGACGGGGGCGAAGCCUUUAACUCAGGCGCAGCAGAAGUCUCUGAGGAGUUUGCUGGGCGAGGAGCUGGCGGAGCUGCUGGAGGCGGAGGAGAGGGAGCGGAGACUGGAGGACGCACGUUCACGGAUCCGCUUACUGCGAGACCUGCGGGUGGACACGCGCGCCAGGGGGAUGUGGGCGCGCCUGCUGAACGACCAGGCCGCGCCGCGGAAACACCGCACGGGGGCCAAGAAGGGUGCGUCCACGGCGCGAAGCGGCUGUUUCGGACACAAGAUGGACAGAAUAGGAAUCAUGAGCGGCAUGGGCUGCUAGAGACGAUUCUCUUGACGAUGGGUUCGGCGGACUUGGAUUCAGACUGUUUUCGCCUGAGGAGUGAAAAAAAAACUCAUCAAGUGACAGAUUUUCGGUACGAAAAGUCACCGUGACCAGCAUAAACGCGGACUGGGAUGUCA